AUGGCUCACCAGAGGACUGAGUGCUGGUCGCUCUUGUCCCGAUUGUCAGUUAUGCCAAAAGACUUGAAGAAUGUGCACUGCCAAAGGCAGGGACUUGGCCCAAGCCUGUGCCAUAGUUGUAUUUCUUGGAACCCUUCAAGCUCUCAUGCUCAUUCUCCCAGGAGAGCUGUAGGGAGUGAUGACAAUAGUCCAAAUGCAAUGGCCAAAGUUCAGAUUUUUGAAUAUAAUGAAAACACCAGGAAAUAUGCAAAAGCUGAAACUCUUAUGACAGUCACUGAUCCUGUUCAUGAUGCUGCAUUUGCUCCAAACUUGGGAAGAUCUUUCCAUAUUCUAGCAAUAGCAACCAAAGAUGUGAGGAUUUUUACACUAAAACCUGUGAGGAAAGAACUUACUUCAUCUGGUGGACCAACAAAAUUUGAAAUCCAUAUAGCUGCUCAGUUUGAUAAUCACAAUUCUCAGGUCUGGAGAGUGAGCUGGAAUAUAACAGGAACAUCUUCAGGAGAUGAUGGCUAUGUACGAUUGUGGAAAGCUAACUAUAUGGACAAUUGGAAGUGCACUGGUAUUUUGAAAGGUAAUGGGAGCCCAGUCAAUGGGAGUUCUCAGCAGGGAAAUGUGAAUCCUUCCCUAGGUUCAAAUAUUACAAAUCUUCAAAAUGCACUAAAUGGAUCUUCUGCUGGCAGAAAGCACAGCUGAGUACAAGCUAACUGGAGUGACUUUGUUGUUUUGCUGCUUGUUGCAUGCACACAGGAAUGGAAAGCAAACUCCUUUUCCU